AUGUCUGCUGGAAUUCGAGCUUCAUUUCCUCUAUCGAGGCCCGCCUACACAUGCGACCUCGGGCGCAAAUAUGCUUAUGCCCCUACAACUAGCACCACCACAAGCAUAUUUUCCUCAGAUUUCGCAUUCACCAGUGUCACACCCAUCGGAGUCGCCAAGCGCUAUCAAGUCGAGGACCAUCUCUCUUCCAGAAUUCCGUUUCCGAUUAGCUAG